AUGCCCGGCUGGAGUCUAGUCAAAGUGGCAGAAGGAUACCAUGACCACGAGGCAGCCGUGAGGAGCUACUCCUCGUCGCGUGUUGAAUACCGGUUUCAGGAUUAUUGCUGCAGCUUGCGGUACAUGAUUCUUAGCGGAAACAAGAGAAACGGGUCCUUUCGGUUGUGCCAGCACCUCCUGUCGCGUGCAGCUGUUGAACGUGCUGUUGAAGAAAAGACGCUGCAACCUCUUUGUCAGGCCGUGGAAGCGGAUAAUCGGGUAAGGGAAGUUGUGCAUGACUUGAAACAAAUCAUGGAAUAA